UCAGACAUAAAAAACAAAAAAAACAAAAACGAGUGUCUUAAAUAGUUGAGUUUUAUCAGAUUUUAUUCCUAAAUUAUAAGGCUAUUACAUGAUAAUUGUAAUUAAAUUGUGAUUAUAGGACUAAAUUCAUUUUGAGAUACAUUUGGUAAUGCUGGGAGUAGGCCAAUUUAUUAUUUACUUCGGCAGACUACACAGCAACGGAAUUGAUCAACGACUGACUCGCUGGUUUACUUUUCGUCAUCGCGUUUCGGGAACGGGCGUAACUAACGUUCCAGGCCGCCUGCGUAUGCGAUCCAACACCGAUCGCCUGAUCUAAUCGGUAACGGACAAACAGGGAUGCAGGUUUGAGAGAGAAACGUUACCGAAUACAGAGAGGCCGGUGUGCAGCAAUAAACAGACUAUCGCUCUCUAUCGCCAUGCGGACGGAAUUCUAGGGGCUGCAGUACUGCUGUCCUGUCAGCUGUUUUUGUCUGAGCAUCACCGUGAGGGCAAAAGAGAUAGGCUAACCGGAGCCACGGACCCCACCGAACGGCAGACCGAGGCUAUAGGAUGGAGUUUAAGCAGCUGGUGGAGGCGGCGGAGAAAUGGUGCUCCGGAAACCCCUUCGACUUGAUUUUUGCCGAAGAGGAGGAUGAGCGGCGACUUGACUUCUACGCAGAGCCCGGGAUCUCCUUCUAUGUGCUCUGUCCCGACAAUUUGACAGGCGGCACCGACAAUUUCCAUGUGUGGAGUGAGAGUGAGGACUGCCUGCCCUUCCUGCAGCUAGCCCAGGACUACAUCUCCUCCUGUGGGAAGAAGACUCUCCUGGAAGUUCUUGAGAAAGUCUUCACAUCCUUCAGACCUCUCCUGGGACUUCCUGACAUAGAUGAGGACAGCUUUGAGCAGUACCAUGCCAACGUGGAGGAGGAACCAGAGACGGACCACCAGCAAAUGGGAGUCAGCAGUCAGCAGUGAUGCCCCAAGAUAAAGGCCCCGGCUGGGCUACCAGAGCCACCCGUGCCCCAGGCCUCUCUUCUCCAGCACUGACACACAGGCCCACAUUGUUCCAACUUCACCCUAAUUUACAAACACCAAAGCAAAAUAUACACAGACAGCCACACACACACACUCAAAUACACACACAUUUCAGCUUGUUGAAGUGCACUUGCGUUCUUAAAGGUCUCAACAGCUUUGCUUCUCAAAUAGUGGACUCUCAGUAGUCACUAUUAUUAUUAUUAUUAUUAUCAGUCUCAACCAGGCUAGUUACACGGUCAUGCAAUACAUCACUCACUUAAACACCUGGUCUUAAAAGUGAAUGCCUAUAUGGGGCAGCUAUUCUUUUCUGCCCUACAUGUGUUGACGUAUGAUGACAAAAGAAGAAAAAAAGACAGAAAAAUUACACAAGACAGGUCUAUGAAUGUGAAGUGUAGAAUGUUUCAAAUGAAGCUGGAUCACGUUGUUUCAAGAUUCUUCACUUCUUAAGAAUGUUAAGAAUGGAGUUAAGAAUGGAGUGACAGAAGUGUAAUGUGGUGCAGAGGUAGCGAAGCACACAUCAGAUAGAGAGAGAGAGAUUUCCGAUAGAGUCUCUGUCAGUGGAUAGACUGUCCAACUUUGUAGUGUGAUUUAUAUCUUGUCAGUGUUUGACAUUGUUAAUUAAGUGUGGUCAAGCCUUCACCAAACACACACACUACUGAGACAAGAACGGGUUCUAUUAAUGGAGCUAAGAGUCGGAUUUAAGUCGAAAACACAUUUACCUCUAGCAAGCAUGUCACACACGGCACCACCAUGAAUGCAGCCUUCCUUUGCCUCCCAGCCCUUCCCAAUUCCUCAACUUUUCCCAUGGAAACCAAAGGUGGACUCCCCUCCACCCCUGCAGCUCUUGUUGAUGGACGCUGUUGACCUUUGACCUGUCAUCAAAUAUGGUCUGGCCUCAUCAACUGGUUUUCUCUCCACACCUUCCUCAGUCUUCCUGCUUAUGUGCCGUCUGUAGAACAAUCCCACAGAUGCCCUGACUUGAUCUUAAGUCAGUUUUUUGGGGGGCAUUGACAGCCUUAGUUCUGACAAUUGGACUUUGGGAGACAAGCAGUUCCUAGGUCAGUGUCUAAGAAUAAUUGCUGAGGUCUACUCUGAGACCAGCUAUAGCUCCCCCCACCUCUAUUCUCUCAUUACGCCCCUCCUCCUCCUCUCUCUCCCUCUCUUUGUCUUUCUCUCUAACUCUCUGUUUGGUUUGUUUAUAACUUAAGGUAGAGGUUGCCCUGAACCACAGACAUGAGAUCAGAUUACUGUAGAACUAUUGUUGACCUUAUCCUUCAUGGGCAUGAACAAUUACCUGGCCCUGUGCCUGUGUUAAGGGCCUACCUCCUCCGUUGUGAUUAUCGUUGAGUGUAUGUGACACGACCACUACCACUGCUAUGCUUUUGCCCCUGUAGCCUUCCGCCACCUGAUUCUGCAACACUCGUAACUAACUUUGACUAUUAAUAGCCUUCCUUGGCCUCUAAAUAUGUUUGUCUUGUUUGUUAUUUAUUUUAUUUUAUUGUUUAUGGUUAUUUAAAGUAUUCAUAUGAUCGGUGUUUUAUGUUUGUCCUAAUAUGUGUGUGAAAGUAUUAAAUAAAAUGUGGUGAAGGGUGUGCGGAGUCUGA